CCCAUACAACUUUGCAGAAUUGUGUCCUGAAAAAUGUGUGAUAUUUGUGUGCAUGGUUCAUUGAUAUCUGUGUGCUUGCAGCUAUGGAAUUGUGAUCUUAGAGGUCAUGACUGGGCAGCGGGCAAUGAUGGGCACGGGUGUAUUGCAAACGAACAUCAAGGACUGGGCUGAUCACCAUGUGCUUGCUCGCGAUGCACACAGUUCUCAAGGAUCCCCGACUCGACUUUCCUAUUCCAGACGAUCUCAUGCUUCGCAUUGCUCGCUUCGCCUUGACCUGCACGUCUAUCCCGACCGCGAAUCGCCCGACUAUGAGCAGAUAUACACGAACUCAAUAACAUGAAGCAAGAGUGUUUUGGAGUUGAGGAAAACGUUGCGGCUAAUCAGGUGGAUGCGGAAAUAUCUAGCGCUGAGAAGGAAGCAGCAAUUCUCUUGACGAGCAGAUUGCUCAAAUCGAGCUUGCAUCAGAUGCGUUAAGCCUGGGUGCUUGGAGAUCAAACCCUUCAGGGUCAGGGGGGACUUCAUAGUGUUCCAAUGUGAGGUGCUUUGUUUUUUAUUCUCCUAAUUGUUUUGUAGUAGCAUGUGCCAUACUUCAAGUAUAUCAAACCUUCUGAA